CACCCACACCACCUACUCAAUGGCCCUCACAACUUAACUUUGAGUCCACCCAAAGGGAUUAGGAUUCCACAUGGGUAGUGUUGUUUUGUUGUAAUUGGUCUUCUCAAUCCCAUCUUUGAUCAGGUUCUUUCUUGUUGUUGCUGUACUUGUUUCCUUUGUCCUUCAAUUUGUGUUUCUUGUUGGAACUUGUUACUUGUGGGUGUUUCUUUCUUUUCUUUGAAUUGGGUUCUCUACUCUCUGAUUGAUUUCCAGACCCUUUCUUGAUGAAUUUGGAUCUGGGUUUGGGUUGUUGUUCUUGUUUUGUUUGUCUUUAAUCUUCUUCUUGGUCUUCAGACUUGUGGGUUUUUAUUAUUUGUUUGAAUUAGGAUUCCACAUGGGUAGUUUUGUUUUGUAUUUGGUGUUCCCAAUCUUGCAUUGAUGGUGAAUCUUUGACCUGGGUCUUUGUUUUUCAAUUUGUGUUUGUUGUUGAAUUUGUGAGUCAUUCUAUAAUUUCUCUGAAUUGGGUUCUCUGCACUGUGAUUGAUUUUCUUUUCAUGAUGAAUUUGGAUCUGGGUUUGAGUAGCUUUCCUUGUUUUGUUCCUCUUUAAUCUUCUUGUUCUUCAGACUUGAGGGUUUUUGUUGUUUUCAUCAGAACCUUCGUAAUUCUACAUGGAUCCUGAUCCGGUUUUGUGUUAUAAUUCUGGGUUUUCUUUGCUGAUCAUUGAACUUGUGUAAUUUCACUGUUUCUGUGAAUUUUUUAUCGAAGUAGUGAGUGGUAAUCUCUGGGUAUGCUUGCUCCAGGCAUGAACUUGAUAACUACAAUUAUUGGGUUUGGAAUGAGUGCCACUUUCAUUGUGUUUGUCUGCACCAGACUGAUCUGUGGGAGGAUUAGAGGCGUCGGCUCAAGGCAAAUGUUCGAGAUUGGGUCUAGGAUUGAUCUUGAACAGCCAGAACAUCAGAAUAGCGGCCUUGAACCAGUGGUUGUUGCUGCAAUUCCCACAUUGAAGUUCAACCGCGAGGCUUUCAGUUCCAUGCAAGAUGCACAGUGCACAAUAUGUUUAGGGGAGUACCAAGAGAAGGAAGUGCUGCGAAUCAUGCCCAAAUGUGGCCACAAUUUCCAUCUCUCUUGCAUUGACGUAUGGCUACGGAAACAGGCUACCUGUCCGGUUUGCCGGCUGCCCUUGCAAGACUCCUUCGAAACAAAACACAUAAGACUAGCAGCAUUUGAUAUUGCCCAUUCUGUCAAUAGCCCCGAGAUUUCCAUUGAUCAUUCUCAACAAUGGUUGUUACCCGGUACUAAUGAACAUUCAGAGGGAAACGGUAGUAGUAACCAAGGAGGGAACUCUGAAUCCACAAGUGGAAACCGGGAACUUACUCCUCCUGAAGAAGCAGAAACUAGAUAAGUGACAAGCAAACACCAGCAGGCGCAUUUCCGAGCCAAUUAUUGCCUUCACUACUUGCUUUUCGUACUUGUGAUUGCUGGGAAAUUUUUGGAAACAUGGAGUUCGGUCAUGAUCUAUUAGAAAUCGCUGCACUGAAAGUGAAAUGGGAUUUGAGUCCUCAGAAUUCAAAAGUUUAAUGCUUUGAUCUCCUCAGAGAGUUUGUGAAGGGUUUCAAUUAUACCGGGCAUGUUAUUUAAGCACACAACCUGAUUUCAUCUCAUAGGAUGUUAUAGUUAAGUUAUGAUUGUUUAUAGAGUGUUUUUGUAAAGUACUUUCAAUUUGUUUAUAUGUUACAAAAAGAGCAGAACAUGUCAUUUUUUCUAGCAUAUAUUGCUUUUGAGUUUCA